CAAAAGCGGGACUUAGUGAAUAAACAUAUGUAAACGAUGUACUAUUCAACUAAAUUACCUACAAUUAAUUUCCGAAUACCAUGUUUCAUUAUUGGGUACAUUAAUUUGGUGGUGAGCAUCGUGGACGUUUUAGCUCAAUUAGUCGUGGUAUUCAUUAUCACCAGUGGAUUUCAAUGUCAAGUUAGUGAAAAGUCUUUUGACAAGAUUGCCUGGUCAUGGAUGGAACCAAUUCUACUAGCGGUGAAUGUUGGUACCCAUGGCUUUUACCCGUUCCCGCUGCCAUUGCGGAACAAUCAAAACUUGUUAGAGGGUUAUUUUCCGGUUGUGGAUGAACCUAAAUGUUUCCCCACUAUGAUGCAUAUAUAUAUUAUGGAUUUACUUAACUUUAUUAUUAAUAUAAUAUGGUUGAAGUUCGUUAAAUCCUUCAUCGUCGCUUUACAUAAGAAAAAACAAGAACCUAUACGGCUGUUCUUUAUAAUCUAUGUCCUUAAGAUGGUAUUUCAAAUAAUAUAUAUCAAGUCCCAACCUGAGUACCUAAUUAUUGAAAAUCUAGAAUUAUCAUGGCUAAUCAAGGCUAUGGAUAUUGGUAUCUCAAUUAUAUGCGCUAUUAUAAUUGGUACAUAUAUACGGCAAUUAAGAGAAGAGUAUAUAAAAGAAUUGCCCAUCACGUGCGACGAUGAACGCUUGAUGUUGAAGAAACAAGACGCUACAGAAUACAGUGAAAAGAACUUGGCGGGUAUUGUCGUUAGUAAAGUUAAUAAAUCAGGUCUAAGUACAGUAUUAAAAAUUUCGUAGUUAGUUGUACAGUAACGGUAAUGAUUACUAGUAACAAAAAGACCACGUCUGAAUUCAGUCCGA